ACAUAUCUAUAAAUACCAAUUUAAUUAGAUUCUGCUUAGAAUAUUCUCGAGGUGGCCUGUCAUUGUUGCCACUUUUAUUGGGCUACAAGUCUGCGUGCUGUUUUUAUGUUUUGUGAUAUAAUGAAAAAAUUUAUUUGGCUGUGCCAUUGAAUUGAAAUAAUGCAUUAUUACAGAUAUAUAUAAAUUGUCCAGUGAAAUUAGCUUAUAACUUGAUGAUAACAAAUCAGAUUUGUUUUUAAAUAUGUCUACAUAACAAUUCAGGGAUUCCAUCAUUUUGAUUCAAAUAAAACACAACUCGUUUGAAUUCUUCAUCAAUGAAACAAACGAAGCAUACACUGACUGAUUACUGAUCUGUAACUCACUUUUAGCCCAGAUCUACUCAUAUUUCAACUGCAUUGGGGUUUCAUUCUUUGUGUGCUAAAACAGUACAGCAUUUUUGAGACAGUCUUUUAUUUUGAGGCAGUCAUGAUUUAGUCAGAAUUAUUUUAGUGUGUGGAUAACAUUUUCCUUCAGUAUCUACACCAUAACCCUUUGUUCAGAAUGUACUCAAUACAGUGUUUUGGAUGAAUAAGAGUGAUAAUGAAGAUUGAGUAAGCAAAAUAAAAUCGAACGAGAUGGUGAAGUUAAGGACUGGACCAGGCACAUGUCAUAUAAAAUCAAGCCAAGGACCUGAUGUGAAUAGGCUGCAUUUCUACUGCUCUCGAUAUUCGACUGAAUUUGGUCAAGAAAACUUCAAACCAAGAGUCGGUCGUCAUGUUGGAACAGGAUAUUCAUCUAAUUUCAGACCUCAACUAUAUUAUUCUAGAUCACAGGACAAUUUUGAUAAUCCAGUGAUGGGGUUUUUGCUGAGUGAUAAUUAUGAAACAAUCACAAAACGACAUUAUCGCUCUGCCAAAGGUUCAGAUGGGCGUGAUCCAUUACCAACAAUAAAGAUAGGAUCAUCAGAUAGUGGAUUUGUUAGAGAACGACCUCUAACAGUUCCAAUGUCAUUUGAGGUUUCUCGAGUUUUGUAUGAUACAAGAAAAUAUGGAGGAAGGUCUCUGCCUGGUAUUCCUCCCAGACACAAACCCAUUUUACAUACAAUGAAGCGGCAUGAUCCAACAGAAGAGGAAAACUAUUUCCAGGGGCCGAAAUAUAUGUCAACUGAAAUUCAAGCUAAAUUCAGAGGAGUACAAACAGCUCCAUUAAAUAUUCAUCACAAAGAUGUUGGUCCACUUGAAGAAACCGGAUUUACAGAUAAUAAGCAGAUUGAACCAGUUACAUUCACCAAUGAUGAAUAUUAUGAUGGCGAUAUGCCGGUUGUAUAUCACACAUGCCCAACGGAAAAAAGUGUUACGAAAGUGUCCUUCAGAGAUUGGCAUGAUAGUAAUGGAAGAGAUCCCUUACCUGUUAUUGCUGAUAGAUCUAACAAGGACACAGGAUUUAUAAGAGAAAAGUCAAGGCACUUGUAUACUCACAGAAUACCUUCUGAAGCUUAUUUGAGCCAGAAGAAAGCACCGAGGUUGGUGAAUGAUAGAAUAAAGAAAAACGAUCAUUCAGAAUAUUUGAAUAUGAAGCAUCCCCAUAACAAGAAAUCUGUUACCAUUGCCACUUAUGAAGGUAAGCAAAAACCAGACUUGACUGAGACAAAGUUGUUGAACCGUGAAGAUCUAGGAGAUCAAGAACCCUCUGGACAUUCUUUGAAUAAUUAUCGGUAUAUUGAGUCAAAGAAUAAUGAUACUACAAGAUAUUUGACCGACUAUAAUAUGAGGUUUCAUAACAAAGAACUCCAAGGUGUAGACAGAGAAGGUUGGGUGAUGGGAGGAUUGCAACACCCUGAAGAUGAUGGAUAUAGACGUGACUUCAAAGUACAUACUUUUGGAAAAUCUUUAGAUGCCAGCGAGAGGAUCAGAAGACUGGAACCAUAUGUUGCAAAGACGAUUCGGUGCAAAGAUAAAUUUUUCGUUGACUACACACAUGAACGUAAAAUCCACACUGCAACUGGAAACAAUUACCAGAAUGCUUUGAGUACAGGGACACUCAAAGUUGCUUAGACUUAUACUAAAUAGAACUUUCAUUAUCAUACAAACCUACUUGUAAAUAUUUUGUCCAUCACAUUUGGGCAAUAUACUUUACCUGUUACUCUGUAUGAUUCAACAUUUAACUCCAUAUGCAUAGACAAACAUUGCCAUACAACUUAGUUUUAGAAAAUAGACGUAAUGCAUAAUUUUGUAGAUGAUUUAUUGGUUAUUUUGCGCAUGGAUACUUGAAUAAAAUGCUUCUUUAUCUA